AAGAGGUGAGCCCCUGAGGUGAAGGCAAGCAGGAACGUCUUGCAGCAGGAGUAAGGAAAGGAUUAUUUUUGUCUACCGAAACAACUGAAUCAGGGGAUGAGAGAGGAAAGUUGAUGCUAUGGGAAUGGCUGAAUACAAAAUAUACAUAAGAGAGAUAGAACUCUUUGCUCUGCAACCCAGAUACAGUAUGGAAGCCAUCGCCAAGUUUGAUUUCAGUGCUUCGGGAGAGGAUGAGCUGAGCUUCCAGGCUGGGGAUAUGUUAAAGGUUUUAAGCUCCCAGGAAGACUGGUACAAAGCUGAGCUGAGAAGUCAAGAGGGCUACGUUCCUAAGAACUUCAUUGAUUUUCACGUUCCCCCCUGGUUUGAUGAGAGGAUAUCCCGCCACGAAGCAGAGAGCAGCCUCAUGAGCAAAGGAAUUGGUUCCUUCAUUGUCCGAGCCAGUCAGAACUCACAUGGUGACUUCUCCAUCUCUGUCAGGCAUGAAGAUGAUGUGCAGCACUUCAAAGUGAUGAGGGAUUCAAAGGGUAACUAUUACUUGUGGACGGAGAAAUUCCAAUCACUAAACAAGCUGGUGGACUACUACAAGACAACCUCCAUCUCCAGGCAGAAGCAGAUUUUCCUGAGGGAUGACAGCCAAGGAGAGAAGGAGAGGCAUGGUGGGAGCCUGGAACGGAUGGGCCGGGAAGGACUCCACCUGGGUGGAGCAGCUGGAGAAGUUCAUCUUUCUAUAUCCAAGAGAUAUGUAGAGCAUCCUGUCCCUGUAUUUCACCAGCAACAGGAUAGAUAUGGUGGAAGCCUGGACAGAAAAGAUGGGCUGCAUGGACUAACAGAUCACAGCCAAGGAAGGGCAGCAGCUGUGCAGCGGAGACACACAGACCCACUGCACCAGCCAACACCGCGAACGCUAUGGGUCCGUGCCUUGUACGACUUUGACGCUAUGGAGCAUGAUGAGCUGGGCUUCCGCAGCGGAGACAUCUUAGAGGUCCUGGACAGCUCCAACCCAUCGUGGUGGAAGGGACGUCUGCGUGGGCAACUGGGUCUCUUCCCUGCCAACUACGUCACACCGGUGCACCUCUGAGGGCAAAGAAUGUCCCAAAGGCCCAUAUUGGAGCUGCUCUGAUGUGACAGGGACAGAGACGGAGCACGUCUUCCCUUGCCCCCGGGAUGUAUGGUGUUUUUGUUAUUGUCUUAAUUUAUUGGCAAUUGGUCUUUUGAAGCAUUGGUAUGAAAGGGAACCUGCAGAAGAGGGUAGAGAUUUUUCUCCCUGUGUUUUACAUCCAUGAUAGGGGAGGGAGCAAGAAUCCUGAAUUGUUCAUUGAGACCUUACUGGAUCCUCCCUGCCAUGUCAUUCCUUUGGUUAAGUAUUGAUAAGUUACUGCAAUUAGGUUUGUCCUGUGGAAAUGCAGGUCGGGCUGUAGUAUUUAGGCAGCUCCACCCCUAUCUUUUGGAUCUGGUAGCACACACAGUCCCUUUGGACUCCAUUUCAUGUUUCUUUCCCCUUUUCCUUCAAUGCACAGAGGCAGGGAAAACACACAGGUCAAUAGAAGGAUGGUUGGUAAUCCUUCAGGUAGGGAGGGAAAAGGAGGGGGCCUUAGAGAGAGGUUCAAGGCAACCUUGAUUUUUUUAAAUAUUUUUUGCCUUACCCCUCUAGUAUUUUCUGUUGGUAUUGACCAUAUUAGUAUACCUGAUGAAAGGAUAGACUCCCAUGUGCUUUUGUGUGAACAACUCAGUUGUGAAGGUAUGGGAUGGGGAGAAAUGUCUUUGCUUCUUCUAAUAGUCCUGCUCUCCUCUGUUCCUGUCUGCACCCCAUAACAACUUCUCCCAUUUUCAAGCUGCUUUCCAAGGUACCUUCGUUUCCUCUUAGACAUCCUAGUUACAGCAGGUCUGGCUCUUCAACUAAAUGAAUAUCCACUUGAUGGGAUAACAAUGGUUAUCCCUCCUUUUGUAAAACUGAAUUGGGGAAGGGUGAGGGACAAGAGUUUUUUUUCUGGUUCGGUGCCAGAAUUUCUUCCCCUGAGAAUCUGGCAUACUGGGGAUCACUGUGUACACAACUCUGACUUGCUGGUGGAUUGCCUCAUCCACCAGCAGCAGAUUGA